GUUUCUGAGCACCAGAGGGUGGAUCCUCUGGGAUCAUGGAUGGAUUUUGUUAAGAGACCAGUUGGAAACUUUCCUGCAAAAUGUCGCAAACGCAAGCGUCCCCUGCCAGGCCCACCUGGUCCUCCAGGUCCACCAGGCCCCCAAGGACCUCCUGGAUCUCCAGGAGCUGAAGUGACCCAGGAAGUUCUUCUGCAGGAAUUCAAAGAAAUGAUUAAAGAAGCUACAGAGAGAAGAGCAGCUGAACUCGACAGUCAGACCGGACCAGGUCAGACCGAACCCAGUCAACUGCCCACAGCUGUCCUCAGCUUGGACAGGAAGUCAUCCUGCAGAAGAAUAGAAGAAGCCUUCCACUGCAGYCUGAAGGGACCGGUGGUGGUGGACAAGAAGACUCUGGUGGAGCUCCAGAACUUUCAGACACCACCAGCUAAAGGAGCUUUCCUCAGGGGGACCGGGAUGGACCAGACCACCGGCAGGUUCACAGCCCACCUCACAGGGAUCUACCAGUUCUCUGCUAAUGUCCACAUUGAUCACAGUGAGGUAAAGAGGAGUAAGACUCAGCUGAAGGCCAGAGACAACGUCCGUGUGUUGAUCUGCAUCGACUCUCUGUGCCACAGAUACACUUCUCUGGAAAUGAUUGUUGGAUUAGAAAGCAAUAGCAAGAUAUUCACUGUCAGUGUGCAUGGACUUCUGGAGCUACAGGCCGGUCAGUACACCUCCAUAUAUGUGGAUAACGCAGCUAGUGCUUCUGUCACGAUACAGAACGGGUCAGACUUCAUGGGCGUCCUGCUUGGUGUAUAGCCUUCCUCUCAAGAAGAGCGUCUUCCAUCUGUCCACAGGUGGCUUCUGGUUUUUAUGUACCUGAAACUGAACCACCUCUGAAAACCGUGUAAACCACAGAAGACUUUUGAAGGAAGAAAUAAUGGCUGACUUUGUCUUUACUGCCCAUCUACUGAUGAAAGGACAGUUUAAAGAACUCAAGGCUUGAGUUUAGUUUCCAUGACGCACUGCCACUUCCACCAGGAACCUACUGCUUUAUCAAUAAAAUAGCCUGAGGAUGAAGAGCAGAAUUUGAGGAGUCGAMGUAUAUUUUUGUGGCUUUUUAGGAUCUUUGCAGUAAACCAAACUUUUUUUUGUUCUUUGUAAUUAUUGGAAAAGAUAAAAACAUUAAAUAUUACAGUUAUGCAUUUAAUAUAUAUUGACAUGUCAUUGUUUUGUGAAUAGUAUCUGCAAUGUACACGCUCAUGAAAUAUUGUAUGUGCAAGUAUUUUUGGAAUUUGAAUUCACAAAAACAUAUUUUGUAUUAUUAUUAUUAUUAUUAUUAUUAUUAUUAUUAUUAUUUGUUACAUAGACUCUGUGAGUACACUGGAUGAUUGAUGCUUGGUUGUUUAACACAACUGUAGCUUUAUUUUUACAUUUUGCAAGAAAUAUCCCAGUAACUACUGAAAAGAUUACAUUUAUUGCACCCAGAAUUGUACAAACAUCUGGUUGAAAAUGUCUGAGAACCUGUUGGAUACAAUCUCAUACAAAUGUGUGUGUUCACACCUGGACUAAUAUAAUUUGUGACUGUCAAAAUUUGUAUCUAUUUAAAAAAUACAAAAACCUCCGAGGUACUUUUGGUGGUAGCUGUUGGGACAUGCUAACAUGUUCAAUAUGCUAACCUAGCAUUUAUUCGAUGUACGCUAAAGAACCAUUCUGACUUAGAAUCCA